AUGCCACCAGUCAUAUUUUACGAGCUACUGCAGCGCAUUACUCCAAGAAUCCAGAAAAGUGAACGUUACAGACGGCCACUAGAACCUGGGCUAAAGCUGGCUAUUACCAUCAGGUAUAUAGUGACAGGAAACAACUACAAGAACCUCCAGUAUUCCUUCCGUGUGGCCCACGACACCAUAUCAUUGUUCAUCCCAGAGGUGUGCCAGGCCAUUAUUGAUGAGUAUGAAGACGACGAGUUUGCCUUUCCAACUAAUCAAGAUGAGUGGCGAGAAGUGGCACAGAAAUAUGGUGAAAGAUGGAAUUUCCACCACACAUGCGGAGCCCUGGACGGAAAACAUGUUGCCAUAAGGAACCCACGUCAGUCACUCUACUACAACUACAAAGGGUUUCUCAGCAUCCUCCUCCUGGACUUAGUCGACGCCGAUUACAAGUUUAUCUGGGCCGACGUUGAUAUUCAAGGCUCAGAAAAAAGCUGCUGCUACUUAGACUUCACUCAUUCAAGGUACGGGCGGCGGCGGCCAAAACAUCUGAAGACUGGGGAUACAUCUGGUUGUACAUCUUGGGCUGGGGCUGCUUCUGUGUGA